UUGCUACUGUGCAUCUACUGCAUACUAGAAUACAAUGACUAGGGUACAAUGACAAGCCUCUUCCAAAUUGACCAUGACUUGACCGCUACCCUUCAUGACCUCAGCGACGAGGAGCUGAGCUCUUUCGUAGAGCUACACGGGGACGGGGUAUAUGAGUCUCAAAAUCAAGUAUUUAUUUUUGCAUGCCUGCAGCUGUACGAAAGAGCCGGUUCGUCAGAAUGAGUCGAAAGAGCUUACACACAGGCCGAGGGAUGAAGAGCGGGAGCAGUUGAUGAAGCCGAAGGUAUACGGGCAACUCGAAUCAAGGCCUUGAUACACCGCAAGACAAAAGCCAAGCAGCAUAGA